AUGGGGGCAAAUUCUCCCCACACGCACCAAUCUUGGGAUGGGGCCGAGACCAACAUUCGUCUGCCAAGUCAUGGAAUCGACUCCCCGCAGAUUGACAUCUCUAGUGAUGAUGAAAUAGACAGUAUCGACACAGCGAUAAAUGUUGGUGGUUCGCCACGAACCCGGGUCGCAGCUCCGCUCAUGGCGGGUCACCGCCGGUUUCCCUCAGCAGACGAUGACAUUCGCGCCAGCGAUAACGAGAGUGAGAAUGGCCAUGUCGAAACAGAAGCCGAGAAGCCGGUGACAUGGAGCUCUCUACCAAAGAAAGGGCAGCUGGCGAUUCUUACCUUUGCGCGAUUGUCCGAGCCCCUCACUCAGACCUCUCUGCAAGCCUAUAUGUUUUAUCAACUUAAAUCAUUUGAUCCCUCUUUGCCUGAUUCAGCCAUCUCUGCGCAGGCGGGAGUCCUCCAGGGAAGCUUUACAGCAGCGCAGUUCCUAACUGCCGUCUUUUGGGGCCGACUGGCAGAUGCUCCCUGGAUGGGUCGGAAAAGAGUACUUCUCAUCGGCUUGUUGGGAACGAGUAUCUCCUGUGUCGGUUUCGGCUUCUCUCGGUCGUUCAUGGCUGCCGCAAUUUUUAGGACACUCGGCGGUGUGUUGAAUAGCAAUGUGGGAGUUAUGAGGACGUUGAUUGCUGAAAUUAUUGCGGAGAAGAGGUUUCAAUCGCGAGCGUUCCUAUUACUCCCAAUGUGCUUCAAUAUUGGUGUCAUUAUUGGCCCAAUACUGGGAGGAUCCCUCGCAGAUCCAGUCAACAGCUUUCCAUCCCUGUUCGGUCCUGGAUCCCGUUUCGGAGGAAAGGACGGAGUAUGGUGGAUGCAAAGAUGGCCCUAUGCACUUCCAAACGUGCUUAGUGCAAUUUUCAUUUUCAUGUCAGUAAUUGCCGUCUUUCUCGGCCUUGACGAGACUCACGAGAUAGCUCGCUAUCGAAGUGACUGGGGCCGAAAGCUUGGAAAGAGAAUCACUCGUGCCUUCACCAGAACUCCUCAACAUUAUCGGCCAUUGGCCCGCGCGAAUGACGACGAUUCAUUGUACAUGGAAGGCAGCGUGGGAACUUGGUCAGCGCCAUCAAGUCCAAUUCGCUCCCGCGCACCUCCACUCCCUCGCCCACACAAGAGGCCUGGACUCAAACAAAUAUUUUCCCGGAACGUUGUGAUUACACUCCUGGCCCACUUCCUACUCGCCUUCCAUACCAGCGCCUUCAAUGCCAUGACCUUUACUUUCCUACCGACACCUCGUGCGUCUGAAUCUUCCCGGCAAGGCUGGUUCCACUUUGGCGGAGGCCUUGGUUUACCCUCUGCACGCGUUGGUCUUGCAACAGCCAUAAUUGGAUUCAUCGGUCUUCCGCUGCAAAUCAUUGUAUACCCCCGUGUUCAGGCAAAGCUGGGAACACUUACCUCAUUCCGCAUGUUCCUCCCAUUUUCUCCGCUUUCUUAUCUUCUCAUGCCUUUCCUCGUCAUUCUUCCACGUAUCCCAUGGAUCGUGUGGCCUUCAUUUACUUUGGUCGUAUCGUUGCAAGUUAUCUCUCGCACAUUCGCCCUGCCAGCAGCCAUCAUACUAGUCAACAAUUGUGUUACGGAUCCUUCGAUUUUAGGAACGGUCCAUGGAAUUGCGCAAAGUAUUUCUAGCGGGGCUCGCACACUGGGCCCGCUGCUUGGUGGUUGGGGUCUUGGCCUGGGUCUUGCCCAUAACAUGGUAGGGGCAGUGUGGUGGGCUUUGGCUGUUGAAUCUCUGAUUGGAUGGUUCGUGCUCUGGUCAGUCCAUGAAGGCCAAGGAAUCCAACCAGCUAAAAGGUUAGUGGAUGAAGAGGAGGAUUCUUAA